CACACCAGUCAGUGUACAGCAUACAUGAUAGUACAUUUAACUAUCUCACAAAUGAUUGUUAAUACAUUUGUGUAUGUGGGCAUGUUAGUGUAUACAGUGCAUACAUACAUGAAAGGAGUUAUUAUAUGUAUGUGUCUACCUGUGUAUGUAUUGUUUAAUUUCAGUGUUGGAAAUUUUGAACAAGCUGUGUUUCGGCACUAAAACAUGCCUCGAGGAUAUCCCAUUGAAUUCCGCCAUUAAUUAAACAGAAUAACUAUUGUCAAAAAGUCCUCUCAGCACAGUAUGAUACUUUCUACAUGAACAUUAUUUCUGAUUUUCUGUAAAAAAUGUCAAUAAAUUUUAACAAAUUAUUUAUACAAGAAAUCCUAUCACGACGAGAAUCUUCACAUGCUCUUGAUUUAAAUGAUGAAGGUCUCAAGAUAACUGAGGAAUCGGUUUACUCUGGAGAUGAUAACGAAGGCGAUGAUGACGAUGAUGAGUAUGACAGUGAACAGGAAGAUGAUAAUGAAAAUUCCAGUGGUGAUGAAGAUUAUGACGACGAUGAUGACGGUGAUGAUGACGUCGAUGAUGAUAUUGAGGAGGAUAAUUCACCCCACAUGUCAGAUGCAUCAAAUUAUGCUGAUACUGAGGCAAACAAAAACACUAAUCAUAAAUCUAGAGCCAAAAUCAAUACAGGUGAACAUUCACAGAAGCGAAGGCUUAUUUCCGCCUUAGACAAUCUACGAUUGGCUGUAGAUAAACAGGCCAAACUACAGGCUGUGGUGAAUGGUUAUCCAAGUGAAGACCUCCCUCAAGACUAUUCUAGAACUUUAAAAUUACAUUCAGUUAAAGAGGUUAGCCCUAAUCCUGAUUCCGUAAAACAACAAACUGUGGUUGAUUCUCAUCCUAAUCCUCCUCCCCCUCAACAAAGUCUUAAUCACCAUCUAGAACUUCCUUUAUUGAAUGAUAAAUAUGAAUCUAAAAGGUGCACAGAAGUUGAAGAUGAACACAAAGGAGAAGAAACUUCAGAUUCAACUAUUAAACAUGAUCAAAUGAAAUCAUUACAUAAGCAAGUGAAAAAACAAGGUCAGUAUACUGCGAUUACUACUACUACGGAUAUAUCAGUACCUAUUGUGGAUAAAGAAGCCUUAGCCUUCAGAAGAAAUGAACGAUUGUCAAAAAGAAAAGAAAGAGUAUCUGUACAGAUUCGUGUGGUAUUCUUGAAAAUUGGUGAAAUUGACACAUUGAAAGAGAUUUAUCAUGCCGACGCGUUUAUUCAAGCCAAAUGGAGAGAACCACGUUUAGAUGGUAAGACAGAUGAGUGUCUACGUAAAAUAGACUUACAACGCUGUUGGAAUCCUCUUAUACUAAUUGAUAAUAUAUUGAGUGAAUCAAAAGAACAACACUGGAUUAUGACAGAGAAAACUGAAAAUGGUGAAAUUUAUAUUGUUGAACGUCGCCGACUUAGAGGUGUAUUCUUAGAGACAUUAGAAUUAAACGAUUUCCCAUUAGAUGUACAAGAUUUAACUAUCACUCUAACGUCUGAACGACCAGAAUCUGAAGUUCAACUCAUUCCAGACAAAAAUGAACCGUGUAGGAUAAAUUUGCAGACGCUUGUUGAUCAGCAGGAAUGGAAGCUACACGAACAUAUCGAAAUAACACGACGUUCUGCAACUCAAGAAUAUACACACUCAAGUCAAAGUCAUCCAUGUAUUUCAGUGACUUGUAGAGCAGCACGUAGACCUGGUUAUUUCUAUUGGAAUGUCUUUCUGAUUAUGUUCUUUAUUACUGGACUGUCAUUUGCUACAUUCGCUGUGCCGCCAGAACGACCUGAAAACAGACUUCAACUAUCAUUUACACUAUUUUUAACUUCUGUCGCCUUCAAAUUUGUUAUCAAUCAAUCAUUACCAAAAAUUUCUUACUUAACCUACAUGGAUAAAUAUGUUCUAAUGUCGCUAGCCAUACUAUGUGUUGUUAGCGUAUGGCAUGCUGUAGUAACAUUGAUUCCAAAUGAUGCAGAAUUUGAACAGCUUACAACAAAAAAUCUUUUGAAGUCAACUGAUCCACAGUUCUCUUUUAUGAAACGUUAUAAAGAAUUAACAUUUGCAAACUCAGCCGCUUUCAAUAGAACGUCUGAACGAACAGAUAAUCUAGGUGACGUCAGUAUCCAGAAAAAUAUUAGUUUAUUACAAAAGAAACCAGCAACAAGUAGCAAUUUAGCUGUUUCUCUGGAGAAUGAAGGAUCCAGUGAUGCUGGGAAAUCGUCCAGAUUAUCACAACAAUUGAGUCAACAAACAUGGAUUGCAUUAGCCUUACAGUCAAAAAAUCAUGAACAGCAAAAACGCAGAUUAAUGAUGAGAAUUGAACGAGAUGUAUUCGUGUCUUUCUGUGUACUGUAUGUACUUGCUCAUUUGACAUUCAUAUUUUGGUUAUAUUUUGAUGCCAGUAGACGUAGAAGAGAAAUGGUUGAACGGGAUAGAUUGUAUAAGCUUGAUUCCACACUGUAUUUUUCGUACAAGUAUGGAAUUUUCAGCAUGGAUAUCGGUAGCCCAAAUUUUGCAGGCCGACCAUAGAUAUCAGGUGUUCGUCGGCGUGGGCUCGAACCCCGGACCAUGUGCAUGGUCGGCGAGAGUCCUAACCACUGUGCCACCGACGCACAGAAAUGUCUACAAGCUUCAAAAGCAUUAUAAAAUUUCAGAUGAAUAUUGAUGACUGAAUAGGCGAGUGAAUUCAAAAACAGAAGAUUUUUAUCGUCAAAAAGUUGCCUAUCUAUCCUUAUUAGUAAACACAGCUGUAAAUGUUGUAUUAUCUAUCUACCUAUGUAUCUAUCUAUCUAUCUAUCUAUCUAUCUAUCAGCUUACACUCUGAUUAGCCUACAGUUUCUUUUUUUUGGAAUGUUUGAAUUGUUCAAAAUUUUGAGCACUGAACAUUGGACAGCAAAAUAGAGAACCUUUUGUUUUGCAAUAACUAACUGCAUGAUUGACUGACUGAAUAGAUUUAUAAAAUAACACAAAAAGUCAAUGAACUUUGUAUAAUUACGUUUUGUGUUUUGCGAAAUGAUAUAUAUAUAUAUAUAUAUAUAU